UCAGAAACAAAAGACGCGUUCCGCGGAACAGGGAGGUCGGGGUUGCUUCGUACUAACGGUGAUUUGAUCCAUUCCGAUCUAACUUUCUGAAAUCUGAGACCUUUCUCGAACGACAGCAACUGUGAGGAAUUCAUCGAACCCGAAGAAGAAUAAGUAAAAAUGUCUUCACUUGCGGCUGCCCGAGCAGACAACUUUUACUACCCUCCAGAAUGGGACCCGAGUCAGGGUUCUCUGAACAAGUUUCAUGGUCAGCAUGCCUUGAGGGAGAGAGCAAGAAAAUUAGAUCAGGGUAUUCUGAUUAUAAGGUUUGAAAUGCCUUUUAAUAUAUGGUGUGGAGGGUGCAAUUCUAUGAUUGCAAAGGGAGUGCGGUUCAAUGCAGAGAAAAAGCAAGUCGGAAAUUACUAUUCUACAAAGAUAUGGAGCUUCACCAUGAAGUCCGCAUGCUGUAAGCAUGAGAUUGUUAUCCAAACUGAUCCGAAGAACUGUGAGUAUGUCAUUAUCAGUGGGGCCCAGAAGAAAACUGAGGUUUAUGAUGUUGAGGAUGCAGAAACACUCGAAUUACCUGCUGAUGAAGAGAGAGGGAAGCUUUCAGAUCCAUUUUAUCGUCUUGAACACCAGGAACAAGAUCUGAAGAAGAAGAAGGAAGCUGAGCCAGUGCUUGUGCGUCUGCAGCGACUAUCUGAUGCCAGGCAUUCGGAUGAUUAUGCUCUCAACAAGAGUCUCCGGGCCCAACUUCGAAGCCAAAAGAAAAGAGUAGCGGAAGAGGAGGCUGCCUCCCGGAAAAGAGGCCUUGGAAUGAGACUGCUUCCAGCUACAGAACAAGAUGCUGCCACUGCAGCAAAAGUGAAGUUUUCUGGCAAGUUCGACAAAAAUAGAAAGGACAAGCGGGCACUAAUCAAUGCGGCAUCCAUCUUUUCUGGAGCAUCUGGCUCCUCCAUGUCAGAUAAGAGAAGGCUGGAGCUAGAAUCUAAAAGAAGGAAAAUUUCUGCAGCUGCAGCAUCUACCGUACUUAGUGGGGGGUUCAAGCGAUCCUCAUGGUCCAACAACACCGCCUCAACAAGCAGGCACAAGGGAGCAUCAAUCAGUGUGAGACGUUAGGAAGGUGAAAACUGUCCAAUAACGCUCGGGAGAUUGAGCUUGUGAAUAGAUGUCCUCUUGAAUAUGUUUUAUUCAUGCAAUUGCUUGUCAUGGGAGCCUAAGCUGAAAGUAUAGCGUCUUGUUAUGAUUCUUUAGUUUACAAUGUAAGCAUAUAAGAUUACAUUUAGAUAGCAAGUUUGCCUCUUCCCCCUAGCUGAAUUUUUGUUGUGUUGCGAGGGUUGAAGUGUUUCAGAGUGAGUGAAGCAUCGUUUAGUACCAAAAAUGUUGUGUGGGGAUGGCUAAGAAUACAAGUUUAGCUCUAUGUUUCACACUUAACUUGCAUUACUCUCUUUUGAGCCAUCCAACUUUCUUCUUGUGGAUUUUUGUAUUUAAAUAUCAUUUGCAAAAGCA